GAGUGAUCUCAGCCGUUAGAUUUUGAGUAUUGUUGCAAUGGCAAGUGUGGUGGACCCUUCAUUUCAUGGUGUCAUGUUUGUUACAUUAUGCCAUUUCAUUUCAAGGACUAUAGUCAUUUUGUUUUUUCUUUUCUUCCACAUGCGUUGUGCUGAAAUAAGCCAAACAUGUUAAGCUGAGUACAUUUUGUUUAAAGAGAUUAUUGGUUUGAUAACAUUGGUCGAGGUUACAUACUUAAUCACCCGUGAUAUUCAUAUGACCAAAGUGUAUGUUGAAAAUAAAUAGAAUAGGAGAAUAAUUAUGUCACUUUGCAAUUCUAUAAUUGGAGUAAUCAGAGAGUGUUAGUUGAACAAAAUGUUUUCUUCAGUUUCCAUCUCGAGACAAGUUUUGUAACUUUCUCUUGAGCUUUGAUACUUUUGAGGGAGAAAAGUCAAUAGCUCGAAUUCCAAAGGAAAGACAUUAAAAUCGAACCGUCACAUUUACAAGUUGAUUCACAGUAAAGAAAUUAAACAAACAUCGACAGAGAGUAAUAACUCUCCACCAUCUUCAGUUUUAUGUCUCUAGAUCGUGGAUCCACACAAAAAAAAAACUCUAAAUUAUUUCACAUAUAUAACCACACAUUCAUUUACUUUUUACAUUUAAACAUCCAAACAUCAUCGCCGCGUGAACAUUUAAUGCUUCUUCAACCGCUAGAAAACUUGAUAAAAUAACAUUUUCUCAUUCUCUCCAUUUUCUUCAAACAAUAGUAUUAUAUAAACUCAUUUUUCGUUCUUCACAAUCCCAAAACCAUCAAUCUUUCCUCUCCCUAUUCAUAAUCUUGUUCUUAGAAGAGAGAUGGCGAGAAUGUGUUUGAUGAUGAUGAUUAUGGUUGCUAUGACCAUUAACAUGGUUGCAAGUGAUCCAAUUGCACCAUGUUACUUCAUAUUUGGUGACUCUUUGGUUGAUAAUGGCAACAAUAAUCAGCUUUCGUCAUUAGCUAGAGCUAAUUACUUUCCUUAUGGUAUUGAUUUUGCUCUUGGUCCAACCGGUCGGUUUAGCAACGGCAAAACCACAGUCGAUGUUAUCACUGAGCUUUUGGGUUUCGACGACUACAUUACACCGUACGCCGCCGCAAGAGGACAAGACAUUCUCCGUGGAGUUAAUUAUGCUUCCGCUGCUGCCGGAAUCCGAGAAGAAACCGGCAGACAAUUGGGAGGUAGAAUAGCAUUUGCAGGUCAAGUAGCUAACCACGUGAACACAGUGUCACAAGUAGUGAACAUACUCGGUGAUGAGAACCAAGCCUCGAGUUACCUCAGCAAAUGCAUUUACUCGAUCGGAUUAGGAAGUAACGAUUAUCUCAACAACUACUUCAUGCCUACUUUUUACUCUACCGGUAACCAAUUCACGCCUGAAUCCUUUGGCGACGAUCUCAUUGCCCGUUACACCGAGCAACUCCGGAUAUUGUAUAACAAUGGAGCGAGGAAGUUUGCGUUAGUUGGAGUUGGUGCGAUCGGUUGCAGCCCGAACGAGCUAGCUCAAAACAGUAGAGACGGGACAACAUGUGACGAAAGGAUCAAUUCAGCGAACAGAAUCUUCAACAGCAAGCUCAUAACUAUAGUCGACCAAUUUAACCAAAACACUCCUGACGCCAAAUUCACUUACAUCAACGCAUAUGGCAUCUUCCAAGAUAUCGUUGCAAACCCUGCUCGUUACGGGUUUAGAGUGACAAAUGCAGGAUGUUGUGGAGUUGGGAGGAACAAUGGACAGAUAACUUGUCUUCCUGGUCAAGCUCCAUGUUUGAAUAGGAAUGAGUAUGUGUUUUGGGAUGCUUUUCAUCCCGGUGAAGCUGCGAAUAUUAUUAUUGGAAGAAGAUCGUUUAGGCGAGAAGCUGCUUCUGAUGCUCAUCCUUAUGAUAUUCAGCAACUAGCAACUCUCUAAAGAGAGAGAAAGAGAAGGAGAAAGACAAAAAGAAACUUGUUUCUUUUGUUUGUUUGUUUUGAUAGUUCCUCAAUGGUAAACUGAGUUUGGACUCAUGAAGAAAGUGUGAUGUCAAAUUUGGGUUUUGUUGUGUGUGGUGUGAUAAUGUGUUUAUGUAAUGAUUUGGAGUUACUGUUUAA